GUUUACGCUACUGCGCAUGUGCAAGACUUUUUUCCCCUCUACAACUGUAGCACGUGUGUUCAGUUACCGACAUGAACCGGUCAUUUUCUCCAAACCUGGUUCGACCAAACCAGCCUCUGAGGAAACCGUCCUCCAGCCCCGUGGCUGCUUUCACCGCAUCGCCGCCGAGACACCUCAGCAUUUCUAGAGGAACACCUGUACGCCCCGCGUCAGGCGCCAUUGGAGACGGACUUGUAAAUUCACCAAACAUCAAGGAUAAUUCUGCAUUACUGGGAUCUGUACCACCAGCACUCACAGUGCACUUCUGCAACUACUGUGGUCAGCAAGGGAAUUUUCGGUGCACGCGCUGCAAGAAGAUGCCUUACUGCUCUGUGGUGUGUCAGACAGAGGACUGGAAGGCACACAGACAUGUGUGCAAGUCUGUUGAUGCACAGCUUGCAAAUGAGAAACCAAAAGAAAUCACAGCUUCACCAGUUUCCAGAGACAGAGCUAACCUGGUGGAGUUGAAGCACAAUGAUUCUUCCAGCAGUCAGAGGGUCUAUUUGAAGGACUUGCAUACUAAUAAAAUUAAUAAAGGAGGAGACUUCCAGGCAUGUGUUGUAGAGUUCUACAGUCCAGGCAGGUUUUUCCUCGUUGCUCAAAACCCUGAAAUGCUGAAAGCUCUACAAAGCAUCGCGAAAGAGCUUCAGAAAGCUUACAGCAGCCCCUCAGUGAUGACAUAUGUACCCUGUGUUGGGGAGGUUUGCGCUGUUCAGUUUUCCUGUGAUCUGAACUGGUACCGCGGCCUUGUACAGACUUUGACCGAAGACCAGAAGAUGGCAUAUAUCCUUUACAUCGACUUUGGCAACGAAGAGAAUGUCCCAGUGGACAGGAUUAGACCCCUGGCUGCCAAUAUUCAACCAUUUUGUCCAUGUGCAAUGGAGUGCCGUAUUGCCGGGGUGGUGCCAGUGGUUAGCAAAUGGUCAGGCGAGAGCUGUAUUGCAACGAGUCAGCUGAUUGUUGGCAAAACUGUGACCGUUAGGCUGGUGGAAACACAAGAAGAUGGUCGCAUCCAUGCUGUGGAUAUCCUUCUUUCCAUGGGAAAGCGGCUCAGCACAUUUCUCAUUGAGCAUGGCUAUGCACAAGAAGAAAUGGUCAUAGCACCAACUGAGCAAGAUAUAAAUGCCCUAGUGAGUGCAUCCUUGGCAAACUUCCGACGUCUCUCUCUUGGAAAAGAUGACAAUACCUGGGCUGAACCACCGGAGCCACUCACACAGGCAGUGGGCGACAAAUUAUCUGUUGUCAUCACCCAUUUCCAGUCACCUGAUGAGUUUAUUGUGCAGAAGGUUGAGAAUGCUGGAGUGAUUCAGGAUCUGCAGUUAAAGCUGAGGGAACACUGCUCUCAGGUUGCAGCCCCGCAUAACUUCAGACCAGCACCUGGCACUGUUUGUUGUGCCCAGUUCUCAGAGGACAAGCAGUGGUACAGGGCCAAAGUUAUGGCUUAUUCAUCAGAGGAGCGUGUUUGUGUCGGCUACCUUGAUUUUGGCAACUCUGAGGAGGUGGAUUUAGGCCAUCUGCGACGUAUUAGUACUUCACUACUGGCCCUUCCAAUGCAGGCGAUGCCAUGUGGUCUAGCAGGGGUGCGGCCUGUUGCAGAGAGAUGGUCAGAGGACUGCCUUGUGGCAUUGCAACGUAGGGUAUCAAACAGAAUACUGCGCAUUGAGAUCCAGGGGGCGCACGAGGGCAAGGCCUUGGUAGCCAUGAUUGACGAGGCCAGUGAUCCUCAGGCCAAUGUGGCUGAGCUGCUGAUCUCUGCAGGUUACGCUGCUCCUGCUCCUGCUCCUGUUCCUGCUCCUGCUCCUGUUCCUGUUCCUGCUCCUGUUCCUGCUCCUGCUCCUGUUCCUGGUACUGGUACUGUUCCUGCUCCUGUUCCUGCUCCUGCUCCUGCUCCUGUUCCUGCUCCUGUUCCUGCUCCUGUUCCUGGUACUGGUACUGGUACUGUUCCUGCUCCUGUUCCUGGUACUGGUCCUGUUCCUGGUACUGGUACUGGUCCUGGUCCUGGUACUGCUCCUGCUACUGCCAGCAGUGACCAGCAGGCUGAUGAGACAACUACUUCUGCAGAACCAAAUGUUUCUCCACCAGUUACUGAGCCUCUAGUUUGGUCUAGUAUUGAGCUUCCCUGUGAUGGCCAGACAGUGGCGCUACUAGCCAGUGUUGUGGAGAACCCCGGAGACUUUUACUGCCAAAUAGCCAAUCCUGCAGACCAUCAGCAGCUGAUAAACCUGGGGGCUGAGUUAAAGCAGCAUUGCGAGGCUGAUACCUUGCCUUUUGUGCCCAAAGUGGGACAGCCCUGUUGCACCAUAUUUCCUGGUGAUGGAGCGUGGUAUCGGGCUAUGGUAAAAGGACUGUGUGAAGACAAGGUGGCUGUGAACUUUGUGGACUAUGGCUACAGCAUGACAGUUGAAAAGGGUAACCUUCGGUCCAUCACACCCCAACUCCUGACACUACCCUUCCAGGCGGUUCACUGCUGGCUUACAGGUGUGGAGCCCCAAGGAUCAGAGUGGAGCAGUGAAGCCCUGCUGUGGUUCCAGACUCAGGUGGAGGCCAAGCAGCUCUCUGCACGUGUCCUUUCUGUCACUGAGCAGGGUUAUGGUGUGGAGUUGGAGAGCAGAGGGCAGAACGUGGCGGCUGCCCUAAUUUCUGAGCAUCUAGCCAAAGUUCCUGGAGAGGCUGCCAAAGAGACACAAACAGAGACACUCUCUGGAAACAAACAAGAGAGCGUGAAGAAAAAUGAGCACCACCAAUUACAGACAGACGCCAGUUCCAAAGAGAUAACUGAACGGCAGACUGCAGCGCCAGCAGAAGUCCCAUCUUUCCCAGUGGAUUGGAAGACAGUGGAGUUGCCUCUCAACGAGCCCUUUCAGCCUUACGUUGCAGCUGUUAUUAGUCCUUCCCUCUUUUACCUACUCUGUCCCACCCAGGACCAGCAAAAGCUUCAGCAGGUGAUGAUGGAGCUGCAUACCUAUUGCAGCAACAACCAGGCCACUUUAUCCUCAGUUGUAAAGAGCAGACCAGCUCCAGGGGCUGCCUGCUGUGCCCAGUUCUCUGACAAUAACUGGUACCGUGCAGUGGUCCUGGAAGUCGGUGAGAAUGACAUGAGUGUCAUCUAUGCAGACUACGGUAACAGUGAGAAGGUGCCAUUCUCCCGAAUCUUGCCAGUCCCCAUGCACCUGCUGCAGCUCCCCUUUCAGAUCACUCGCUGCACCCUCGCUGGUAAGGAGCACUUUCCACCUGAGUGGCCAAAGAAAAUACAGCAGAUGUUUCAAACCACACUGUUGGGUGAUGUGAUUGCCACUGUUCACUCCUUCGAUGGUUCUGCUAACGUGCUCCAUGUUACACCUACUGAGAAGGGCGGGGAACUCACCACCAUGAUCUUAGAUGCAUUACAUUCUCACACCAAGAACAAGCCGUGUCCAGCUGCCUCCCAGAAGACCGACAAAGCUGACAGCAGUACAUCUGUCAGCACCACAGCUACACCCGACUGCCCUGAGCCCAAGGAAGCACUUGAAACGCAGAAAGAGCAGGAAAGUAGUACUGGGCCAGUUAAAACCACUGGACCCAGUCAGACCUCAGAGCCAACAGACCUGAACCUUCAGCAGAAAAGUACUUCAGUCAAUGAUCCCCAGACCUCUGGCUGUUGCUGUCUGAGCUUGAAGACGAAGAUUGAUCAUCUGGAACAGCUGAUGGAAAUGCAGCUUUCUCUAAUCAAACAGCUUGUUGGACAGAAGAAAUAACCUUUAGUACGUAACUUGAUCGUGUUGUUCGCCAUCUUGUUAAAAUCAAAGUUGUUGUUUGUGAACCAUUUCUCUAAAACUGGUUAAUUCUGAUUGUGGUCUCCAGAAACUGCCAUCCUGCUUAUAAUUGAGUUUUUCUCCGAAUUUAAGAAGAUUACAUUCAACUUUUUAUUUUGUGUCCCUUUGGUGCACUUCUUUCAGAACUUUUAUGUUUUUAACCUGUGCUUAAAUUCCAGUCAUUUUUAGUUUUUAACAUUUCUGGAGUUUUUCUGAAAAGGAAAAAAAAAAUACUGAAUACACUUACCUACAUUUCUGUUUAAGUGAGCAGGAAUGUUCAUCCUCAAUUAUCAAAAGUGUGUAUGUGUGUCCUGUAAGUGUUCCAUCUGUUCCUUCUUUCAGUCCUCAUCACCUGUUCAGGUAGAAUGUCCAGUUUGGUGGAUUUAUGUUUGACAGUUUGUUUCAAUUUUUUACAUAAAAGAUGUCUGCAAAAAAGACAAAGUUA